AUGCUGGAUAAAUUAUUCAUGGAUAAUGUUGAACAGUCAGUAGCUCAAUCUCUACAGAAAAAGCUGCCGUUAGUAGUUUAUAGUUGCGAAUCAUUAGAGGAUGAUAGUUGGUUUAAACAAUGGUUUCAUAUGGAGAAAAUCGAUGAAAUUAAAGAUCAUGCGAUUUGGUUAAGGUUAAUUAAAGGUACUGAACAAUUUAAUAAUUUUGAACAACUUUUUCCUUCAGUUAUCAUUCCCAGCUUAUAUUUGAUUAAUAAUGGAGAAUUACUUUCUGUGAUACAAGGAGUUGAGGAUGAUCACACACAUUGGGAAGAUUUACUAAGUAUAUUAGGAGUAGGUAAUAAUCAAAAAGGUAAAGAUUCAACAAAUAGAAAAACAGCUCAUACUCAUGAUAAUGAUAAGAAGAGUAACAAAGAGAAGGAAAAGUUUGGAAAGAGUGAUAGAGAGGAUAUCAUGGAAACCAGUGAGAGAAUAUAUCAUCAACAAGUAUUGAAAGAAAGAAGGCUUGAAAAUGAAGAAAGGGAGAGAAUUAUUAGGUUAGUAAGGGCAGAUCGUCAAGAAAGGAAGGCGAAAGAACAAAAAGGUAUACUAGAUGAUUCAAAACCAUUGGAAGUUGUUGAUAACUUCCGAGAUAUUAAUAAGUUACACAGUGAAAAAUGUACUCUUCAAAUUAAAUUGACAAAUAGUAGCACAUUAACACAUACAUUCAAUUCAAAGGACACUUUGAAUGAUGUACGAACAUGGGUUGAUCAUAAUCGAACGGAUGGUAACACAGCUUAUUAUUUCCAUCGUAAUAUUCCUCGUAUGACUUUUAAUGAUUCAGACGAAUUGAAGACAUUAUGUGAUUUGGAAUUGACUCCCAGAUCUGCAUUAAUACUGAAGGUGAUGGAAACAUCCACCACCAAGAUUAACUCUACAAACAUAGAAAAACCUAGCCUGGUAAGUAAGGUUUUCAAUGGUAUUUCCGGUUGGUGGAAUAAAACUAACAGAAAUGAACCUGUAGAAUUUGGUACUUCUAACUUCGAACCUUACCAUGAUGAACCAAGUGACGAUGACACAUCAAGAAACGCAUCCUUUGGUGAUAUUAGCUACGGCAAUAACAUUAAGGGAAGUAAUACGAGAGUUUCAGAGUUGGCCAAGGACGAAGGUUCAUCGAGGACAAAUUCAAAUUCAAGAGCCGUGUCUCCCAAUGUUUUCCAAUUUGUAAAUAGAGAUGAUAUGGAGGAUCAAGAUGAUAAGGAGAAAGAGACAUUUAAUGGUAAUAAUAUCAAUUUAGAGAAGAACAAGGAUGAUUCUAGUAAGUAG